AUGGAGGUUAUCGCGAUGAACAGAGAUGCAAAAGGAGAGAUCGAUAUUAUUUUCCCAAUUUUGGGCCUGUGCAAGGACGACCCAAUUCCAUUUAUUGGGACCAAGGCAGGCUUUGACUUCGAGUUUAUAGCUUCUCCAGAUUUCGAGCCCGACACGUGCGAUAUCUACGAUGGUCUGCCAACUUUUGAUGAGAAGCCUCUGUGGGACAUUGCAAUGGUUGAGUCUUCGAAUGGAAAGCCAUCAUUCACACCCGAUUUUUUGAGUAUUUUGGCCAAAGAUGAUUUUUCAGAGCCGAAGCCGAGGCUCAACAACUGGUGGGCCAUUUUUCGAUUGCCUAUCGCGAAGUCUCCCAACAACGGGAUGCUUGGCCGUUGUUAUGGAUUUGAGCGCGACGAACGAUGUGGUAUGUUUUGUGUUAAUUCGGUUGUGUGGGCUUUGCAUAUGGUGGCGUGUACAUGUGACUUUGCAGCAGUUGAGUCCUUGACCGAGAUUAUGUUUACCUUCGAGGUUGUUGAAAGACCUUCAACCUUCGUGUUCGAUCGAGGGAAAUGCCGCGGUAUUCUUGUCAUGGGGACGACUCCAACGAGAACGGGUCGGAUUCGAGGCCGAAUCCUGCUCAACCGGGGGAGAAUGCGACGGUCGGGGCUUAUUGCCACUAAUGUAGCAAUAAGUCCUAAUGUGAACCAUGUGGUCACACAAGGUGCUGUCAGGAGGGACCUUCUCGUAAACCACCUUUCGAGUGAUGGUCUUCCUUGCUUAGUUGAGCUGGAUCUCGUGGAUGAGCUCGCCAUGGAGGUCUAUCUCGACGCACAUGCGUGCAAUGGAUAUUCUUGUUCGAGUGGCCCUGGCUGGAUGAACAUUUAUCGGGUUGACAAUGCAGCUGAAAAUCAAAAAGAGAACAGAAGGGUCAUAAAGAUGAGGAAGAAGACCAGGGAGGCAAUACCAGACUAG